CAAGAAUGCCUUAGAAGAGUUGUGAAAACAGCCAGCCCGAGAAGGGGAGUCAUGCAGUUGCGGAUGCAGCUCUCCCACCGAGCCACAAGCCAGUGAGAUCAGUCAGGGAGAGAGGGUGUGUGAGAGCAAGACAGAGGGAAAGUGUGUGAGAGUGUGUCAGGACCAGAGGCUCCAAAGGACGUCACAUACACUCCCAGAGAAAGAGGAAAACGCGCUGUCACGGGAAAGGCGUCUAUCCUCACGCGCUUUUUGGUUGUGGAAGAGACUCUGACAGAAGUGAGUAUUCCUGAGGUGGAUGAAGUGAGAAGAUGAUGAUAGUCAGCUGAAGUGGAUGUUUCUCAAAACAGACAGAUACAGAUUUCCGGUCCUAACCUCCGUUCUGAGGGGAUUUCCAACUCCUCCACAAGGAAAAAGACUUGCAAUAAUAAUCAAGAUUGUGUGAAGUGUUUUUGCAUCACCAUGGAUCAGCCCGGCAGCAGCUGCAUGCGGAGCGCCCACCCCAGCAGCCCCAUUUGGGGUUGCAUGAGGAACCCUCACUCAGGGGUCCCAGGUGCCAAUCUGCAGUCGCCCUACCAGCAGGCCCCUUUCUCCCUCCACCAGAAGCCUGACUUCUUGGCCUACACAGACUUCUCCAGCUCCUGCCUGGUACCGACCGCACCGCACGCAGCCUACCCCCGCGAUGACAGACUGUACCAAGACAGCCAGGGGGGUUACCAGAGAGCUGACUGGCAGUUCAACCACUGCGAGACGCGGGUGAGGGCCCCAGAGGCCUGCCCGGCCAUCGUCGCACCUGUAGCAGUAGGUGGAGGUGGAGGACAUGAGCUGGACAAUGCAGGGGGAGACAGGCUUCCAGGGGCCUUGCCCGGAUGCCUGGAUGGAGAAUACUCACCCCAGAGCGUGGCUUCAGCAGAGUCUGACAAGAAGAGUUCCAAUAAGAGGAAGAGAGAUGUCACAGAUAUCCAGGAUUCAAGUUUUAAGGUGGAUUCCAGCUGCAAGGCCCGGAAAGAGCGCACAGCGUUCACUAAGGAGCAGCUGAGGGAGCUGGAAGCUGAGUUCACCCACCACAACUACCUGACCAGGCUGCGCCGCUAUGAGAUCGCAGUCAACCUGGACCUUACAGAGAGACAGGUGAAAGUGUGGUUUCAGAACAGGAGGAUGAAGUGGAAGAGAGUGAAGGGGGGACAGUCGUCCUCGCCCAAUGACCUGGAGAAUGACGACAUAGACUCGGCGGCCUCACCAAGCUCUGAAUGAACAAAGCCUACGACAUUAGGAAAAAAAAGAGAUGUCACAGAGAGACUUGGGGUCAACUGGACACUAAUACAGCGCAAUGAAAGCGUAACUCGAUUCUGUGGAAAGCUGCACGAUUCAAACAAGACUCUUAAUAAUUCCCAGGAAGAAAUCACAGAGCAUCUACUUUGCUGUUGUAAAUAGUUGAAUAUGUCCAUAAUGAACUGCAUUUUGAUACAUUAUUGAUAAAUUCUCUGUUCAAGAGGCCACCUUUUGAUACAUUAAAUAUUAAAGAUGAUACUUAUGGUCAUUGUAGAUCAGUGACAAAGUCCAGACAGAAGCUUUAAAGCCAGUGAUGACAUAUCAGACCGUGAUGUGAUUGAGUUUGAGAGCAUCCCCUGUGCUUCCAAUAGUGUAAUCAUGGCCUUUGACGCUUGACUACAACCACCUGGGAAAACUCAGACUGCACAAUUGUUGCCAAGCCAUAAGUGCCUCAGAAUCUGAUUUUUUUUAAACAUUUUGUCAGUUUCCUUUUUUCCUAGAGUUUAGGUUUUUCUAAAAUCUGUCAAGCUUCCUUUUUUUAACUAUUCUUUUUUAUACAUGUUGAAUGUUAUUGAUAAAACACAGAUGUUGCCUGUUUCUGCAAAUAGAAUAAAUCAUCUGUUUCAAAAUGAGAAAAUAUCUUGAUAAUUUCUUCCAUCCGCAACAAUUGAGUUAUGAUCGGACAGUAGGUACAUCUAUAUUCUCAGCUAAUGGUUGUAUCAUGUGUGGAUCUUUGGGUCAGAUAUUACAAUUGCUAAGAAAAUAAUAGCUGAGGAGAAGUUUGCUCACAUUAGCUUUUGAUGUUGGCAGCUGGCAUAAAAGGAAAUACAUUGUCUGUGUGUGUUUUUUGCCUGUGCCGUGUGUAUGAGAAAUUGCCUGUCCUUUUCAGCAUGCAGUAUUUUCACAUGGUUCCAGCAGCCGCCCACAUCUUAGAUUUUUAUUGGAGUGAUUCAAUCUAGUCUACUGUUGUUCUCACUAGCUGUUUCCUGUUUGGAAAUAACUGCCAACCAAUUAGAGCUUCAUACACGCAAUUGAAAAUGAUGACAAAAUCUUUCUUUGCCAGAAAAAUUUUCAACAUCUUUCUGCCAUUAAGGCAAUAAGAAAGGAUUAGACAACAUAUAGGUUGUUUUACAUCCAUGUACAGAAACAACAACUCAACACCUUUAUAUGGUAACAAAGAAUGCCUGUUAUAUAAAACAGUUCACUCAUCGUGAGAAACAAACAGAUUAAAUACUAGAAUGAAGAUCUCCAUAGUUGCAGAAAGCGUUUUAGCAUCUUUCAGCUCCUUGUUUUUAGCAAAAGCAGACAGCUAUUUUGAAAAUUGAAACACAGCUAAAAGUGCGUGUGUGGGUAAAAUAUGGGUGAAUAUUUGACUGACAUUCC